GCUCUACAGCCUAAUGCUGAGACCGGGCCCGAACUCAUCGCCGCAGUGUCGUCGGCCGCCGGCUCCUGCCGCUUUAAGCGGCCUUGCCCAUUGUUUGAGCCGCGGCCAAUGGGAGCCGGCGGCCGCGGCGAGCGCGGCCAAUGGGCGCGGCGCGGGGCAGCGCGCGCGCCGCCCCCCCGGGUCUAUAAGAGGGCCCGUGGAGCCGCGUGAGUCCCCACUGGCUCGCGCAAAGCCAUCUUGGCAUUGUUCUGCCCGCGCCGCCGCCCGCGCCGCCACAGCCCCGCCACAGCCCCGCGCGCCCCCGCCAUGUCCGACGCGGCCGUGGACACCAGCGCCGAGAUCUCCGCCAAGGAUCUAAAAGAGAAGAAGGAAGUUGUUGAAGAAACAGAAAAUGGCAGAGAUGCACCAGCCAACGGCAACGCUAACGAGGAAAAUGGAGAGCAGGAGGCUGACAAUGAAGUAGACGAAGAGGAAGAGGAAGGUGGUGAGGAAGAGGACGAGGAGGAAGAGGGUGAUGGUGAGGAAGAGGAUGGUGAUGAAGAUGAUGAAGCUGAGGGAGCCACAGGCAAACGGGCAGCUGAGGAUGAUGAGGAUGACGACGUCGAUCCCAAGAAGCAGAAAACCGAUGAAGAUGACUAGGCAGCAAAUUUAUUAUUUUUAUUUUUUUUCUUUUUUUUUUUAAAUAAGGAGGAAAACAAACCAACAAAAAAAGGCCAGCGCGUCCUCUUCACCCUUGGGACCCUUCCCUUCCAUUACAAGCCCCUUCCUCCCCCCUCCACACACACACAGCCCUUCCUCCCCCCUCAGCCGUGGUCAUCCUCACCAAGUAGAGUGAACCCCGUCCCCGGCCCCCCCGGUGCGGCGCUGCCACUCAACGACCAUAUGAAACGAUUCGCCCGUUAGCGGGGAGAGAACCCCCCUUCCCCACAGACCCUCCCCCCCAAGCACCAAAACUUCAAGGCCCUGCUUUCUUUCUUAAAGUACUUUAAAGGAGAAUUUGUUUGUAUUUUUUAUUUACAUUUUAUAUUUUUGUACAUAUUGUUAGGAGGUCCGCCAUUUUUAAGUGAUCUCGGAUUGACCAAAAGGGGGGCUUUGAAGUGUAUAUCUCUCUUGUUACCUAUCUCUGACUUUACUUGUGGUGUGACCAGGCCCAAACCAUUAUCUCAAAGGAGAAUAAAACAAAACCUUGUAAAAAAAAAAAAAAAAAAAAAAAUUAAAAAAAGAGACAAAAAUGCAAAAAAAAAAAAAAUUUACAAUCUUAUCUGAGCAUUCCAGUAACUUUUUUUGUGUAUGUACUUUAGCUGUACCAUAGAUCGUGGUUUGUAUGAGGUGGCAAGGCCAAAGAUAAAAAGGUGUUUUUGUUUUUUGUUUUUUUGUUUUUUGUUUUUUUUUUGUUUGGUUUUUUUUUUUUUUGGUGUGGGUUUUUUUUUUUUUGUUGUGUCUAUGAAGUUGCUGUUUAUUUUUUUUUUCUUUUUUUUUUUUGGCCUGUUUGAUGUAUGUGUGAAACAAUGUUGUCCAACAAUAAACCGGAAUUUUAUUUUGCUGA